UCUCUCUCAAAACCUUCUCUUCCAUUUUCCACUCCACAAAAUGUUGAGAUCCGUGGCGAACUCUGCCUCCGCCAAGCAGCUCCUUCGCCGGAGCUACUCUACCGAGUCCCUCCCCGACAGGAAAGUCGCCGUCUUGGGCGCUGCCGGAGGGAUCGGACAGCCUCUCGCUCUUCUCAUGAAGCUCAACCUCGUCGUUUCCAGACUCGCUCUCUACGAUAUCGCCAACACCACUUGCGUUGCCGCCGAUGUCAGCCAUAUCAACACUAGAUCUGAGGCUUACCCCUAAACCAAUUAAUAUAAAUAACAAAAUAUA